AUGGCGGCUGGUGACCGUUUACCGGGCCUGGGGAUUUUUUCCCUAAUUGAGGCAUAUUUCUUGCAGCGCACGAUAUUCGCUAAUGAGACAUUCCCCAUAGUGUGUCUAGGCACUUUAAGCGUCAACCUUACACUACUGGCCCUUUGGAGUGUGGUCAUUUAUCCGUUCUUCUUGAGUCCAUUGAGACAUCUGCCAACUCUUCCGGGUUUCUUGAAUCAUGGAAAAAUUAUCUUUGACUCACCCCGCGGCCAGGCUGUUCUGAACUGGAUGAAAACAAUCCCCAACGAUGGACUCAUUCAUAUGCGUGAUCCCGUUGGCCAGAGUUAUCUCGUGGCCACCAAUCAUCAGGCCUUGCUAGAUGUCAUGAGCACCAAUACCUAUGACUUUGAAAAGCCUUGGAGAGCACGAAGCUUCCUUGCACGCAUUCUCGGAUUCGGAUUGAUUCUGUCCGAGGGCCAUGCUCAUAAGAAGCAACGGAAGGCAUUGACGCCGGCCUUCAAUAUCAAGAAUAUUCGAGCCAUGUAUUCCCUUAUGUGGGAUAAGACCAACGGGCUCCUAGUCGAGAUGGAGAAGGAAAUCAAGUUGAAUCCGAUGGAGGGGACCAGUCCAACCGAAGGAGUCGGCAAGGUAGAGAUGUGUGUUUGGGGAAGCCGUUUAACCCUUGAUAUCAUCGGCCCAGCCGCUAUGGGACGAGAUUUCCGUUCGUUACAAAACUCUGAGAACAAGGUUGCCGAGACUUUCCUUAGCAUCCUCGAGCCAACGACUGAGAAGAUGGCCUUCCUGGCAAUGAAUUUGGUUACUCCUCAGUGGAUUGCCCAGCGUAUACCAUGGAAACUUAACGACGUUAUGACGCACGAUACUCAGUUCCUCAGAGAAUUGUGCAACAAUAUAGUCCGCGAGAAGCGUGAAUCUUUAGCUGCAUCCAAAGCCUCCGCAGAGGACCUCGAAGCCGAUAUCCUGGGAACGAUGAUGCUCGGUGGUGACUUUUCUGAUACUGAGCUUGUUGAUCAAAUGUUGACCUUCCUUGCUGCUGGCCACGAAACAACUGCCAGUGCCCUCACAUGGGCCUGUUACCUAUUGACCCUCUACCCGGAUGUUCAGGAACGCCUGCGUGCCGAGAUUCGAGAGAAGAUACCCUCUGCUGAGAGUUCCAUCACAUACAACGACUUGGAAUCACUACCUCUUCUUAACGGUGUAGCACAGGAGGUUCUACGACUAUAUCCCACCGUUCCUGUAACAAUUCGCGAAGCUAUUAAUGACAGCAUGGUAGCGGGAACCCACAUUCCCAAAGGAACCCGCAUUAUCCUGUGUCCAUACGCUAUCAACCGCAGUGCUCUGUUCUGGGGAGAUACUGGAGACGAAUUUGUUCCAGAGCGCUGGGUCGACACGGACAAGAAUGGGAACCGUGUUCCUAACAACAACGGCGGGGCUUCGACAAACUUUGCACAGAUUACUUUCUUGCAUGGCCAGAGAUCUUGUAUUGGGAAGGAUUUUGCACGAGCUGAACUUCGAUGUGCUAUUGCGGGUGUUGUUGGUCGCUUUGCGUUUGAGAUGCAGGAUCCUAAGCAGGAGAUUCACAUUGCAGGCGCUGUGACGACAAAGCCUGUCGAAGGUAUGAAUCUGAAGAUGAGUCGAGUUGAGGGGUGGUAA